AUGGAUGCUCGGUCCGCAGCAGAGUCGCGGGCGCAAUCCCGCAGUGGGAGUGCAGUCAAUGCUCAAUCGUCCGGUCUUCCACCUCCUACCUCAUCCUCACCCGGGCAGUCCAAAGUUCAGCAACCAAAACCGCAAGCACUUCCCAACCGGUCUGGGCCUUCCGCGAUUCUCGUGUCGACGCGACAAAAGGGCAAUCCUAUUUUGAACCAUAUCAAGCUUGUGCCUUGGGAAUAUACCGAGACUCCUGCUGACUAUGUGAUUGGCAUGACGACAUGUGCCCUGUUCCUGUCUUUGAAAUACCACCGGCUACACCCCGAGUACGUUUACUCACGAAUCCGACUCCUCGCUGGCAAAUUCAACCUACGCAUUGUGCUGGUUAUGGUCGACAUUCCAAAUCAUGAGGAGGUACUCAAAGAGCUCUCGAAAACAUCCAUAGUCAACAAUCUUACUCUGAUCCUUUGCUGGUCCGCACCCGAAGCCGCCCACUACCUCGAACUAUUCAAGUCAUCUGAAAAUGCACAACCCACUGCGAUUCGUACCCAGCAAGCGCAGUCAUACAAAGAGUCCUUAGUGGAGUUUGUUACAACCCCACGCAGUAUCAACAAGUCAGACGCUGCAAGUUUGAUAUCUACGUUUGGGAGCUUGCAGAAUGCCGUCAACGCCCAACCAGAACAGAUCAAUUCUGUCCCUGGCUGGGGUGAGAAAAAAGUCCAGCAAUGGUGCAAUGCUGUCAGGGAAGACUUUAGGGUAGAAUCGACGAAAAAGGCCGGGGUUCCUCGGCCUGCGACACAAACCCAACCACCAAGGCUUACAAGUCGGCCUCGACGGGCCGAAAUCGAUGAAGAUGAGGAAAUUCUACGAGCCGUGUUGGCAGAGAGCCGCGAGACAGCAGCAGUAGAGGCAGCAGCGAAUCAGAGCCCGCCAAAGCCAAACAAACCAACCGAGGAAUUGAGUGACGGUAUCAUGGCCGCUCUAGCGAAGUUGCGGGAUACCGACGGAUGA